UUAAAUCGGUAAUAACCUGCAUGUAAAUAGAAAAUACGAAAUAGAGAACUGGAUUUAAACGCUAAUAUAUAAAAUGAAGUGGUCGUCACAACACUUUACGCUACCAAUUCUACUUGGUGUUUCUCUAACAAGUGUCGGCAUUGCUUUAAUAUACUUGUUAUACAAAAAGGAUGAAGAAGAUACAUCCUCUAGAAGAAGACAUGUUGAAGCUGCAAAGAGAAUUUCAGUAGAAUAUAAAGUGCCUAGGAAAUUUGUACCUGCUGUUAUUGGAAGAGGUGGUUCCGUAAUAAAGGAUGUACAAAGCAAGACAGGCACACAAAUACAUUUUAAGGAAGAUAAUCUGGAAUGUUCAGAACGUGUUUGUAUCAUAAGAGGAACCUAUGAAAGCACAUGUUUCGCUCAGGAGAUGAUAAAAUCUAUUAUUGAAAAUCAGCCUCUUAUUGAAACAUAUGAAAUCUAUGUACCACAAAAAGCAUGUGCAAGAAUAAUAGGAAGAGGUGGUGAAUCUGUGCAAGAAAUUCAAAGGUCUUCCAGUGCAAAAGUCAUAAUUGAAAGUGGCUGUGCUCUUUAUGAUCCAAAUUCUGAAACAAGGAUUAUAAUAAAAGGCACAGCUGAACAAAUAGCUGCAGCUUUGUCACAAAUCGAAGAAAAAGUUCGACAAGAAAAAGAAGCAUCUGCAAAGUUGGAAGCUUCUUCUGCAUCAAGGUUACCUAGAGCAAACUUGUCUCCUCGCAGCACUGCAAUUAACGCAACUGAACAUUCACAACCCAUUGAAUCCUCGAAGUCCUUACAAGGUACUGAUGGCACAAUGGAGGUAUAUGUGUCUGCAAUGGAAACUCCCAGUAAAUUCUGGGUUCAAAUUGUUGGCUGUGGAACUACAGCUUUAGACGAACUAGUGUCUGAAAUGACUGCUUAUUACAAUGAUGAACAGAAUUAUGAACAACAUAAACUAACUGAUAUAACUCCUGGUCAAAUAUGUGCAGCAAAAUUCAAUUUUGACGAACAGUGGUACAGAGCUGAAGUUAUAUCUGCACCUGAAGAUGGACAGUGUGAAGUCAAUUUUAUGGACUAUGGCGAUCAUGAUAUGGUUGAGCUUGACAAUAUACUGGACCUUCGAACAGACUUUCUAUGUUUACGCUUGCAGGCAGUAGAGUGUUCUUUGAACAAUGUUAAACCAAGGGAUCGUGAAUGGAGCACCGAGGCUUGCAACAGAUUCGCCGAACUCACAUGGUUGGCUCAGUGGAAAGUUCUCGUGGCUAAAACUCAAGGGUUCAAAGAUCGGAGUCACGGUUAUGGGGUGUGUCGCCGCGAAGGAUCGCCGAUUUCAUGCGUGGAUCUUUUCGACAAAAACAACGAUAGGGACAUCAAUAUCGCCCAAGAACUGAUAAACGAAGGCCUAGCGGAGCCAGAGGACCCGUUACUAUUACCUGCGUCUUUCUCGAGCGCACGCAAUCACGAAGUCAUAAAUGCUUCGAGCUCAGCGUCCGCUUCUCCUGUCGGGAAUCGAGCUUUCAGCCCCGAGAUGCCGGCGGACAUUACACGUAAAUUGGAAUCGACCGUCGGAUCGCAGUCAGAAACACCGAACACGACGAUGAACCUCGAAACGUCAACUCCGAUCGAAGAAAUCGAUUUGGUCACACCGAAGAAACUUGUUGCACGAAUCGAGGAAAUCGAUCUCGUGACACCGGUGAAGGACGGGACCAGACGUUUCCUCGAGAACGAGAAGAAACCGCCGCGUCUCGAAGACGGUGGCGGCGACUGGCGACGAAACGGAAGUACCGGGUAUUACAACGGAUCCCACAACACCACCUUCACGAAAAACGAGUCGCCACGAAUCGCGCCGGCCGGAUACGAGAGCGAUAUCUCCAACGACUCGGACGAACUGGAGCUGGGAUUUCGCAAAGUAGGAGAUGCUACAUAUGCAUAAUAUCCUGUGUUCCAAUCUAUGUAGAGAGACAUUUUAUUGGUGUCUAUGAUGUUACGUUUAGAUUACGUCCAAACUACAUAUUUAUGCAGACAUACAGGGAGCUUUCGAAUAUGUUGGAAAUACUGCAGUGACGGGGUCAGAACACUUAAGUAACAAAAGUAAUAAAAGUAACAAAUACGUAUAAUUCCGAUGUAACCUUUCAUUUUAUUUUGUAUUUUGAAAAGUAUUUAACCACCUUCAAAAUGGUCACCCAGUAACUUUACCAUUGGUGCCGGUACGCAAUUUUUCUAUUCCAAAACACGAUAAUAUUUAUAAAUUUGUCGAAUCCCAUGAUCCUUAAAUAUUAAAGAUAAGUAAACUUGCACUCAACUAUGAUGUGUCUACUCGCGGAAAAGUUUGUUGAAACUGAACGUGUUAUGUUUUAUCAUUACAUUUUAUUUGUCUGUUAUUAUAAGAAAAACAGUAUAUUCUCUUAUAGUGGACAAGAAAAUCUUGUGGACACCAGUAAAAUAAUCACUUACUAAAACUUGCAAGUAUUUGGA